AUGUCGGUUAUUUCUCCACUAAGCGGUAGUGAAAGUGCGCCUGAAGCCCUGGAUAUAUUCCGUAUGUACCCGAACCAAGUCGCCGUACAGAAUUACUAUCAAGAAGACAUCAGACCAGUAAGUCAGUUUGGUGGCAUUGACGCUCCGCUGGAGUUCGAAACAUCUCUUCAAGGAGAUAGCUAUUGUGAAUUACCGUCUUCCCGACUAUUUGUAAGAGCUCAAAUUCUCAAUGCAGACGGUACUGCAUGCAGCGAGGAUGUUAAAAUAUCUCCAUGUGAUCUGUUUUUCCAUUCAAUGUUCAAAAAGGUUGACAUAUACAUGAAUAGAACGCUUGUUUCCAGUUCCGGAGACUUAUACCCCUACAAAAGCUUUUUCAACAAGUUAUUUCGAUGUGGCGUGAACACUGGCAAUGGAACACUGUCAGAGAGUGAACUAUUUUCUGGAAAUGAUUCGGGUUUUCCGGCAGAAACAAAUCCUAACGCAGGUAAUUUCUCAUUGUUCCAGCGAUACAAAGUCGGUCGUGGUUCUAAGCCAUUUGACAUGGUAGGGCUUCCACUGAAUGACCUAAUGGAACUUGAUCGUUACCUUAUCAAUGGCGUUCAUUUGAGAAUCGUGCUUCAUCGGAACAGCGCAGAGUUUUGUCUAAUAAGCGAUGAAGACAAUAAUAAUGGUGGAUAUCAAGUAAAACUACUCGACUGUUACCUUAGAAUACUGAAAUGUAAACCGAAUCCAGCCAUACUGGUCGCUCAUAGUAAGGUACACAAGGGGCUCACUGCCAAGUAUCCCUACAUAAGAACCGAAACGAAAAGUGCUAAUAUUGCUAGCGGUCAGAGUGUGUUUUCAUGGGAUCAUAUUAACGCUUCCUACCUGCCAAAGUUGGUUAUAGUUUCUUUUGCAGAUAGCGCUGCAGUGCUGGGCUCGCUGAAAUUGAACCCAUUUAACAUGGAACACUUUGAUGUUCGCCAAAUAAGUCUUUAUGUAAAUGGUAUACCUUGUUCAGGGUGCCCAAUCAAUGUAAACUACAACCAAGAUCUGACAGCGGAAGUGUUCGACCGGAUGUACGGAUUUGGCAAAGGGCGGCCAUUAUACACAGCAAUGGGUGGUAUCAGCGGCAAAGACCGUGGGAAUGUCGGUAUAAACAGAGCUGACCUAAAAAAUGGAAGGGCUAUAUACGUAUUCGAUCUUGCUCCAAUUAUAGAAGAGCCAUUUCAUUUUGAGCUACAACACAGUGGAACGCUAUCAAUGCACGUGAAAUUUGGCAGCUCUCUUGCGCAAAAUGUUGCUUGUAUUUUUUAUGCUGAAUAUGAUGCUUUGAUGGAAAUUGAUGAAACGCGUGGCGUGAAAAUUGUUUAA